UCAACUAUCCCAAAUCUUUAAACCAACUAUAUCAAUAAGAACCCCUGUGCAAACGAAUUUUAAAUAAUUUAAAUGAUAAAAUGCGAUUAAACUAUGUCUUUGGUUUGGUCGAAUUCAAUUCAGUUUCGGUUAGAUCUGGUGACGCACCAGUGCCCCUCGGAUAUACACACUACACUACACAGAAUGUGCAUAAAAUCUACGCGUCUUCUAUGCUUCAAUGACCCCUUAAACACAGCUCCACACUUUGGAUUAUAUGUAAGUACACAUGUGGUUUACACAGCAGUAUUUAUUGCCUACUGUAUAGAGGGGCAACGAGAAGAAAUAUGGACAACAGGAGGUUUAUGGCUAGGGUUUGGUUUGAUCUUCGCUGGGAUGGAUCUUUGGUUGGAUCCUUAUAAACCUAAUUUCAAAACAGCUGUCAGAACAAUCUCAAUAAUCCUGUUCCUACCCUUCUACACUUUUGCCAUGUACUGCCAGUACUCAAAACAGUCUUCAAAAAACUACCAACCACAGCUUGAGGGCCUUCUCUUCAAUCUCUGGAGAUACAAUCUUGGUGCUAUGCCAAUCUACAUUAUCACCCAGAGUGCUCUUCUUUUUGCCAGCUGGGCUAGAAUCUCAGAAAGUACCCUUACAGUUAACCUGCAGAUAGGAUUUCUAGUGCUGGCAUUCAUGUCACUUAUGUCAAGUGGAGCUGCGUUCAAAAUCACAGCCAGGGAAACUGAACCAAUAAUUUGGUUCAAACCCAUCAAAGAGUCGGGGAAGAAGGAGUCUUUUAACGACAGACUUUUGCAAGUAAUAAAGUCCACAGCAAAGGUCGAAUAUGGUGCUACUCAACCUGGAACAACUCACAGACUCCCAAAAGUUGGUGAUUUAGAUCAAAGAGUUACAUUAAAACAGCAAGGUCUUCCAACUCUUCUUUACUGUCCAAGCUUCCACGAAAUAUUACAACAUAUACCCAUGGUGAUACUUUUUAUCCUUUCAAGAAUAACCCCCAUAGCCCUAAUGGUUACAUACAUCCAUACCUACACCCUGGUACCAAUAUCAGUAAUAAUCGUUCUACAGAUUCUGAUUGGAUGGCGCCUACUUAAGCUAAAAAUAAUGGAUUCCGUUUUGUCAGCUUUCCUCUCAAUUUCACAGCCAGCUCCGUAUCAAGUUAAAUCAACACCAAACUUCAUAGUAAAGGGUAAAUUUAUUUUACUAAAUUCUGUGAUAUGGAUGCUGAUCAACAUGUCCUCAGUGCCAGUUCUUCUUGGAGCAGCUGUGCAUGACCACUCUGAAGGUCUACCCAUAUUUAGCUGUUUAAAUACUACAUCAAUAAAUGAUACCCUCAGUAGGAUUUGUGAGGAAGAUGAGGCACCAAACUCGCUUUUAUCUGUUGGAUUAACAAUUUCCACUUUCCUGGGCCUACUACUGCUCCUGUUGUCCCUUAUCCUUGUCAAGAGAGGAACACCUCCUCUGAUAAUAGUUCAGAGGAAAUGGGAUGAUAAAUUGAAAGCAUACAUGGAACAGGAGAAUGGAGGUCUUGGGUAUAAAUGGAGAAUAGCAACAGUAGAUGAAUUUCAAGAACACAAGAACUUCAUCUUUAAGCACAUACAAUACAAGACAGUAAAUGUAUUUAGGAUUUCAAACUGUCCGGGACUAGCAGUGCCACAUUUCCGACUUCAAGAUGGGGUUGUUCUUCCCAUGCUGAACUUCUCCAGUUCUGAUGAUCUGAGAACACUAAAAGCAGAGGCAGAAGAGUUCCAAUCAUUUGAUCUUCUCUUUGGACUGAGAUUUACAAGAUAUUCCAUUUACAUCCCAGAUGACUACUACUGAUGAUAUAAUGGAAGGUUUACAUAAAGUGAUAAUAAAAUAUACAUUUAUCUUAA